CGUGGAACAUGGCUUCCCCAACCAGCCCAGCUCCUUGGCCUUCGACCCCAAGCUGCGCGUCAUGGCCAUCGGCACCAAGUCGGGAGCGGUGAAGAUAUAUGGAGCUCCUGGUGUGGAGUUCACGGGUUUGCACAAGGAGACGGCGACGGUCACCCAGCUGCACUUCCUACCUGGGCAGGGCCGGCUGCUGUCCCUCCUGGAUGACAACACCCUCCACCUGUGGGAGAUCUACCAGCGGAGUGGCUACUCCCACCUGGAAGAGACCCGCAGCUUCGCCCUCCCCGGACGGCCAGGGUUCGACAACGCUAACUCUCCGCCCAGCAUCACCCGGGUGGCGGUGAUCUUGCUGCAGUCCACGUGUGCCACGGCUUGCCUGGGCACGGAAGGGGGUGGCGUCUACUUCCUGGAGCUGCCGGGCCUGACGCUGCUGGAGGACCAGACGCUCUACCAGGACGAGGUCCUGCAGAGCGUCCCCGAAGACUACCGGUGCGGGAAGGCGCUCGGCCCAGUGGAGUCCCUGCAGGAGCACCCCCGCGACCCGGCCCAGAUCCUGGUCGGCUACAGCCGGGGCCUCAUGGUUCUGUGGGACAGGAACACGCGAGAAGUUGGCCGUCUCUUCCUGGGCAACCAGCAGCUGGAGAGCAUGGCUUGGGAGCGCAGCGGCCGGACGAUUGUCAGCUCCCACAGCGACGGCGGCUAUGCGGUGUGGCCGGUGGCGGGCAGCGCCCCCAAGACCCAGCAGCCCGCCACCGCCACGAUUCCUUACGGACCGUUCCCAUGCAAAGCGAUAAAUAAGAUCAUGUGGCAGACGUGUGAAUCGGGGGGCCACUACAUCAUCUUCAGCGGCGGGAUGCCCCGGGCGAGCUACGGGGACCGGCACUGCGUCACCGUCCUGCAAGGCCAGACCCUGGUGACCCUGGACUUCACCUCGCGCGUCAUCGACUUCUUCACCGUGUGCGGCACAGAGGUAGAGGAGGAAUUCGACAACCCAACCGCCUUGGUGGUCCUGGUGGAGGAAGAGCUGGUGGCGAUCGACCUGCAGACCCCGGGCUGGCCCACGAUCCCCGCCCCCUACCUGGCCCCGCUCCAUUCCUCCGCCAUCACCUGCUCCUGCCACAUCUCCAACAUCCCGCUCAAGCUCUGGGAGAGGAUCAUCAGUGCGGGGGAGCAGCAGAGCCCCCGGCUCUCCUCGGUGAACUGGCCCAUCAACGGAGGGCGGAAUCUCGCCCAGGAGCCGACGCAGAGGGGGCUGCUCUUGACCGGCCACGAAGACGGCACCGUGCGGUUCUGGGACGCGUCAGGAGUGUCCCUCAAGCCCUUGUACAAGCUGGGCACGGCCAACAUUUUCCAGACGGACUGCGACCACAACGACAGCUUGAACCAGGCCUGCGAGGAGGAGUGGCCCCCUUUCCGGAAGGUGGGAUGCUUUGACCCGUACAGCGAUGACCCCAGGCUGGGCAUACAGAAGGUGGCUCUCUGCAAAUACACGGCCAAGAUGGUGGUGGCCGGCACAGCGGGGCAGGUGCUGGUGAUGGAGCUGGCCGACGAGCCGUCGCAGCAUGCGAUCAGCGUGGCCGUGCUGGACCUCCUCCAGGACCGCGAGGGCUUCACCUGGAAGGGCCACGACCGGCUGGCCCCCAAGAACGGCGCCCUGCCCUUCGCCCCCGGCUUCCAGCCCACAGGGCUGGUGCAGUGCAUGCCCCCCGCCGCCGUCACGGCCGUCACGCUGCACUCGGAGUGGAACCUGGUGGCCUUUGGGACCAGCCACGGCUUCGGGCUCUAUGACUACUACCGGAGGAACCCCGUGCUGGCCAGGUGCACGCUGCACCCCAGCGACUCCCUGGCCAUGGAGGGCCCCCUGUCCCGCGUGAAGUCGCUCAAGAAGUCCCUGCGCCAGUCCUUCCGCCGGAUCCGCAAGAGCAGGGUGUCGGGCAAGAAGAGGGCCAACGCCAGCAGCCCCUCCAGCAAGCUGCAGGAAGCGAACGCCCAGCUGGCCGAGCAGCCCGGCCCCCACGAUGUCGAGAUGACCCCUGUCCAGCGGCGGAUCGAGCCCCGGUCUGCAGACGACUCGCUCUCCGGGGUGGUGCGCUGUCUCUACUUCGCGGACACCUUCCUCCGAGACGCCAUGCACCACGGCCCCACCAUGUGGGCCGGCACGAACUCCGGCUCCGUGUUCGCGUACGCCCUGGAGGUCCCCUCGCAGGAGAAGUUUUCGGAGCGCUCUGUGGAGGCCGUCCUGGGGAAGGAAAUCCAGCUCAUGCACAGAGCGCCCGUGGUGUCGAUCGCGGUCCUGGAUGGCCGGGGGAACCCGCUGCCGGAGCCGUACGAGGUCUCGCGGGACCUGGCCAAAGCGCCCGACGUGCAGGGCACCCAUUCCGUGCUCAUCGCCUCCGAGGAGCAGUUCAAGGUGUUCACGCUGCCCAAAGUGAGUGCCAAGACCAAGUUCAAGCUGACGGCGCACGAGGGCUGCCGGGUGCGCAAGGUGGGGCUGGUGCACUUCGCCAGCGCCGCGUCCGAGGACUACGCCGAGCACGGCCUGGCCUGCCUCACCAACCUGGGCGACAUCCACGUCUUCACGGUGCCGGCUCUGCGGCCCCAGGUCCACUACAGCUGCAUCCGCAAGGAGGACAUCAGCGGCAUCGCCUCCUGCGUGUUCACCAGGCAGGGGCAAGGCUUCUACCUGAUCUCCCCAUCGGAGUUUGAGCGGUUUUCCCUGAGCACCAGGAAUAUCACGGAGCCGCUGUGUGUGCUGGACACGAGUCGUGGCCAGGAUGCCACGUGUCUCGGGAACAACUUCCCGGCAACGCCAAAACUCAGCCAGGCCAACGGGACGCACCUCCCGCGAGGCUCGGAGGCCAGCCGCUCGCUCACGAGCAGCGACCGGUCCCCCGAGGAGCUGCAGGCGUCCUUCUGCCCCACGCCGGUCGACUCGCCCAGCAACAGCAUCGACACCCCUCUGGACGCCUCCGGGGACAUCACCACCGAGGAAGUCAAGGAUUACCUGGUGCCCUCCGAGGAAGCAGAGAGAAACCUAAGAAACAUAAAUGAGGAUGAGGCUCGCUCUGCAGGGAUCCUGAUUAAAUGAGAGACACCCACGGUCCAGUGGACUCGCUCCGGCACUUGGAACCCCUCGAAUGAGACUUCCCUCGGACAACCAGUGGUUGGCCCAGCCUCUCCUCCUCCUCCUCCCCCCAGAGACCCCCUCCCACAUUUUUUACUAAGUGUCAUAAAGUUUUUCUAACACGUGGCCUCGCGAAGCCUCCGCGCUGGAAUCUUCGUCGCCACCUCUCCCUUGGUACCUCUGCACGAUCGCGGCUUUUCUUGACGGAAAGGAAACUGUGUGCCAACCUCCAGCAGGACCAAGUUGUGUCUAUUCUUCUUCCUUUGCACAAAAACACUAAAAACCCUUAAUCUUUUUGGUUUUUUUUUUAAGCAAAACCAGACACAAACUGUAGGUGACAGGGACCGAUGCAUAAGUGACUAGACCUGCUAAGACUGAACCAGAGUCUCCAAGCUGGGGCUGAACUGGCGUCUCUUGGCAGCAUUUUGUGCCGAAAGGGGACUUUUAUGCACCGUCGGUGGAGGACCAUUUUACUCUCGGGAGCACCGGGCGCCUCCUUGGGGCCCCCUGGACCGACCGGGCUGCCGGAGCCUCGCCUCUUGCCAGCUGAUCUUAGUUCCCGCCAAGGAUGUUCUCUUACGUGCUUUCCCAUCCUCCUGCAGUGCCCCUGACGCUCGAAAUGCCCGUUCGCACCUUGCCCAGCCUGAUGGCGAAGGUGGAAAAUGCCCGCCUCUCCCUGGCUGCAGGCAGGACUUUGUGGCCAAACCUGCCCGGAAGGACUCCCGCGGUCCCUUGCAAUGCCGAUGGAAAGCGUCCGCCCCGCCUCCUUUUCCGGCUCGGAGCGGCCGCAUGACGGCUGGGCUGAGUGACCCUCUCGGGCCCCUGCCUGCGCUCGCUUCCGCUCCUUCCCCGCCCGAGGUGUGUUCUGCGGAGUGGGGGGCUUGCCAUUCGCUGCACCUCAGAAGCUCCGUCCGGCGGGUCCUUCUCUCCCCGUGCGAAGCUGUUCUCGCCUGCCCGGAGACCUCAUCGGAGCAAACGCUGCCUGGGAACUUCGUCUCGUCCUGGAAACGCCCGCGGGGGCCCUUGCUGUGCUCUUCUGCCAGGUCCUCCGUUCUGGCAGCGCGGUGCUUUCCAGGCUGGGGUCGCCCGGCGUUGGGGACCCCACGGCGCCUUAAACGUGUGCUUCUCCGCCACCGCCCUUCCGCUGCGCUGCAGCACUCUUCGCCUUAGCUGCGUGUGGGGGGCCCCGCAGAGACCGCGAUGGGGGGCUGUGGUCCCGCCCCUGCGCUGCCCGUCCACCCCAGCCGCCCGAGCCGAAGGCAAGGCCUGCUGGAGCCGCGGGGGCAGCCAGCCCCCGAUCUUCGGCCUCCCGUGAGAUUUGGGUUAAUGUGUUCUGACAAGGUGCCUCCGCCUUCCCCUUUCCCAGAAUUGCGGCUCACACAUUUUACAGGGGCAGUGGGGCUUUCCUGUCUUGAGUGGCCAUCAAGUCCUGCAGCUUGCGGGCCUCGCUCCCACAAGCGGGACGGCUAAGCACACCCGGAGCAUCCCGUGUCGGUACAUGCGCUUUUGCGGACUGUCGGCCAGGGGCAGGAUUGCCAUCUGGGCACAGGGCGCCAAAAACGGCCUUGCAAGUCUCGGGCGCCUGUUGGAAACCCUUGUAUGCCUCUCUGGCGGUGGAACGACGGAAAAACACCUGCUGCGCACUUGGAGUGUUGGGAGCCCAAGCCGAAGCGGCCAUGUGAGCUUCGCAGCCUUCCCCGCUUCGAUCUGCUCCCCGGCACAUCCUCUUCCUCUCGAAGACCCCCGGGAAGAGCCCUCCCCGAGCAGGGGGCCUGCAGCCGUGCUCGAGCGCGGGCCCCCAAGCCGGGGUGUUCUGGGGGCUGCAGCGAAGGCCUCUGUGGGGUCCCAGACAGGAAGGUGCCCAGAAGCAUUUGGACGCGUCGGAAUGACUGAGCAGGUGCGGCCGCAUCCCGCUUGGCGCCCGUUCCCUUGCCCAGCUUUGCUCCCGCAAUAACAAAUCGCCAAGUUUGCUUUCGAGGCCUGGCCCCAGUUUAUCUUCAAAUCCCAACUUUGGAGCAGUUUCUCGGCUACCGGCUGGACUUGCUGCGGGAUGCUCUUAAGAGGCAGUGUGUUUCCAUGGCCCUGAGGGUCGGAGGACCACCAGACCGGGCCUGCCUUGUCCCCCGUCACAGCCAGAAACUGUCUUUUGCCUUGCGGUGCUUUUGAGGUUUUUUGGAGGGGGGUUUGGCUGGCAGAGAUGGCAGCAAGUUGGAUUCCCUGAAUUUGUUCAUUCUGCAAGGGCUUCAGCCGAGAGAUGCGCCUGCCUGCCUGCCUUCGUAGGGAAACCCUCUUUCCCCCAGUGCUCAUUUUCCCGAAAAGAUUCUGCCUUAUCCUUGGAAGCGUCUUGCUCGGUUUUCCUUUUGCAUUGCCUCCGAACACGUGGACUCUUGCAGGCCGACUUGUGCCAGAUGCGGCCUCGCCGGCAAAGCGCGGGGCAGCUUCCCUUCCGGCCUUCGCUCGACCAGCUCCUGCGGUUUGCGGCAGCAGGACUCCCCCCCCCGACCUUCGGUCCCCCCCCCCGAUGCUUCUGUGCCAAGGCAGGGCUGGCUGAGAGCCACUUCAGGGCCAAGAGGGGGGGGAAAUCCAGCUGGACAGCAGGCAAGGACAGCCGGCCCAGUCUGUCCUCCGGACUGGGACGGACCCAGCUGGCCCUGCCUCGAUCGGCGCGAGAGUCUUAAAUACGGGGAGCCCCGCCUUGGGUUGGGGGGCCACCUCCUCCUCUGCCACGAUUGGGGUUUUGCAGGGGGGACAUCCUGCCACUCCCCCCCCCCACAUGUGGGACCCCGGCCCCAUUGAAGACAGUGUGGGGGCUUCGAAUACGUCGGUACGGUUCGCAUCCUGCCCCCUCGCGUGCGGGCGUGUGAAUGAUGGGUGUGUGAGUUGCGUGUGCCUGGUGGGUGAGGGGGGGCAGCCCUUAGUCAAAACGGUGUCUUACUUUUUUUUCCUUUUGGCAGAUCGAAUUGGGGAGGGGAGGGGAAGGGAGGGGGUUAGUUUCCUGGCUAGAAUGUGCCCUUCUUGGUGGGACUUUUUUGGGGGUCCAGGUAAUGGAUUUAGCUUUGUUUAGUUAUUAAUACAGGUUUUUAAUAAAGGGAAAAAAAUAAAGCAUUUAAUACUGUAA